AUGUCUGCUACAAUUAGACUGUCGAAAGGCAGUAUUGUGUCUGCUGCUAAUAAACAUAACGCCACUGUGAUAUUCUUCCAUGGCUUUGGUGAUACAGGAGAGAAUAUAAGGCAACAGGUAGAUCUUUUGAAUAAACGAGAACUUAACUUUCCACAUAUCAAACUCAUGUAUCCAAGUGCACCUUCUCAACCAUUUACACCCAUCGGAGGAGAGAUAAGUACUGUGUGGUUCGAUUGUAAAGCCAUAAAUAUUAAUGUUCCUGAAGUGAGGGAGUCUAUCGAUUCAAUAUGCAAACUGGCUUCGGAGUUAAUAGAUCAAGAAGUAGCUAAUGGCAUACCCUAUAACAGAAUAGUUGUGGGUGGUUAUUCUAUGGGAGGUGUUCUUGCUUUGCACUUGGCAUACAGAUUUAAAACAUCUCUUGCUGGAUGUUUUGUCAUGUCUUCCUUUUUAAAUAAAAAUUCUUUAGUUUAUGAGGCUUUGAAAAAUAACAAUAGCACAAGCGCCCCACCAUUAAUUCAAUUUCACGGUCUUAGGGACGAGUUGGUACUUCCUGCGUGGGGUACAGAAACAUAUAAAACCCUUACAGACCUUGAUGUCAAAGCAGAAUUUGUAACACUGCCAAAUGCCUUUCAUGAAUUGACAAAAACUGAAAUUCAAAGGCUAAAAGAAUGGAUCCUUAACGUAUUGCCAGAAAAAGAAUAG